CGCCAGCAUGCAGCUGCGGGCGGCCGCGGCGCUCUGCCUCUGCGCGCUCAGCGCCUGCCGCCUGCCCGCCGCCGCCCUCCGCAACGGCACGGUGGUGCCGCACCCCUACAUGCUGGCGCUCUACCGGCGCGGCGCGCGCCCCGGGCCCGGCACCGUCACCGGCUUCGCGGACCGGGCGCCCGGAGCCGAGGCGGCGGCGGCGCAGAGGUACGUCUUCGACAUCUCCAGCCUGGGCGAGGCGGACGAGGUGGUGGGCGCCGAGCUGCGCAUCCUGCGGCGCCGGCCCGAGAACCGGAGCCUGGCCCGGGCCGCGACCCGCAGCGCGCCCCGCCUGCUGCUCUCCACCUGCCCCGGCCCGGCCCGGCCGCCCCGCCUGCUGCAGGCCCGCGCCGCCCGCGCCUUCCCCUCGGGCCCGCCGCGCUGGGAGGUGUUCGACGUGCGGGACGCGCUGCGGGGCGACGGGCCGCGGCCCCGGCUGCUGUGCUUCGUGCUCAGCGUGCUGGCCGAGCCGUCCGGGGCAGCGCUGCCCCCGGGGCAGCUGGGCUUCGGCAAGCAGCAGCAGGCAGCCGGCGAGAGAGCCCUGCUGGUGGCUUUCUCCCGUGCCCAGCGGCGGGAGAGCCUCUUCAAGGAGCUCCGGGACAAGGUCAAAGCCCUGGGCAGCCCCCUGGUCUCGGGGCCCGGCGGGGAAAGCCCCCCCAAGCGCAGGAGGAGGCGGCGGCGGCGGCGGACUGCGCUGGCCGCCCGGUCUGGGGGCAGGGGGCAAGGCAAGAAGGCCAAGACGCGCUGCAGCAGGAAGCCCCUGCACGUCAACUUCAAGGAGCUGGGCUGGGACGACUGGAUCAUCGCCCCUCUGGACUACGAGGCGUAUCACUGUGAGGGCCUCUGCGAUUUCCCCCUGCGGUCGCACCUGGAGCCCACCAACCAUGCCAUCAUCCAGACCCUGAUGAACUCUAUGGACCCCGAGUCGACUCCCCCCAGCUGCUGCGUGCCUUCCAAGCUCAGCCCCAUCAGCAUCCUCUACAUCGACUCCGGGAACAAUGUGGUUUACAAGCAGUACGAGGACAUGGUUGUGGAGACCUGCGGCUGCAGGUAGCAAUGUCUGCUGUCUCCGCCAGCCCCACCUCGUGUCUAUGCGUAUUCCUGGCACGUGCCUUUUGAAAGUAAAGGUAAGAAGAGGCGUCGCAGCCGUCCUCGCGAGGCCCCGUCUGUUGUAUCCCAGCAGGCAGGGUUUGCUGUUCAGACCCUCUGCCUGCAGGGUCUGACGCUGGAGGGAGAGAUGCAGCAGGAGGUGCAGGAUCAUUGCUGGGUGCUACGGACUUUCCCCACAGGCAGUGAUCUGUACAUUUGCUUCCGUAGGUAGAUCUGCUCCUCAGCAUUGUUCUGAAACCAUCCUGCAAACGGGCACUUUCAAAGGGAACAAAACAAAACAAAAGCCCUCCAUGGCUGUUUUUCCAGGAAUUACAAUCUUCAGUACACCUAUACAGACACUCGCUGUCCCACCCUGUCUAGGAGGUCAGCUGGGGAGAAUCAGCGGUGGUAGCGAGUCUCUCUCUCCCUCUCUCUCUCCCUCUCUUUGAAACGGCCCUGUCCUUGUUCAAGCGAAACCAUUGACAUUUCCCUUUCGGAAGAACAUUUCAUUUCUCCCCUCACGGAGGAUCAAAGAAAUUGCAGCCAGUUGCCUGAAAGGUGGAUAGAUGGGUGCCGUCUAGUUUCGGAGGCAAACCAGGGUUCAGCUCGUGAUCGGUUUGAGUUUAAACCCUGUUUUUUAAGGGUUUGUAAUGUGGCUGUAAAAUUUCCCAUGGGAUGAAACCAGAGUGCCUGCUCUUAGCCCCGGGAACAUUUUGCUAUUGUUUUCCUGAGUUGAAAUGAUUUUAACCCCUGUCCAGUGCCGUGUGCACACAAUGGCCAAGUUCGGCUGUCCGUUGCCUGGCAGCUGGAUUUAGUUCCAAACAUCUGUCAUACGGUGCUCAGCGGGCCUUAUUCUGCUCUGCCUUACCAAUAUUUUAGUGCAUGUCAAAUAGAAGUCUGUGGAGUUUAACUGGUGUAAAACUGAUGUAAGAGAUAGGUGAAUCCUACUCAGACAUCUUACCAGCCCAUUGUAGCAAACAAUGCUGGUUCGACAGGACUUAAACAGUGACGUGUUAUGACUGUAAAAGAAUCCGACACAUACUGGCUUGGGAGGCUUUUUCAUGCUCUUCGAAAAUUACAACGAUCAGUUUUUGAACCAGGAAACUUUGCAAAUGAUUUUCCUGCAGUGGGGCAAGCCUUGCUCAGUCCUUUGAAUUGAAAAGGGGCUACUCUUAAGAGUAAGCACCUUUUUGCAAUUAUAGUACUCAUUCUCAAUUAUAUCCUGGCUAGCUGUCAUAUAGCCAGGAACAAAAAUGACGAAUUGCCAAGGAGAUGCUGAAGAAUGUUAACUACCUAUUAAGAACCUGCUUGAAGGGUUAGGGAAUGAACAAUACAUUUCAGGCCUCAUCUUGCUGCACUUAGGCAUGCAAGACUCCCAUCGACCUUAAUCACAUUCUGAUUUUCCAGGGCAUUAUCCCUUCAUUCGUUGGGUUAAAGAGAAAUUCAAGGAGUUUAAUUCUGGUUGCACUUUGUAAAUUAUGGAAAAAUUGUGAAAGAUUCAGAAAGGAGCUAAGAGACCUUAGAGUCUCAAACUAGUUUAUUCAAAAGGAGGUUACGAAAGAACUUCAUCACCAUCGUAAGUGGGAAAGAGAUUUUGGGAAGUAGAUGGCUUUUUAGUAGUAAAAAGUAGGUACAUCCAGACCCAAUGUUUGGAAGCUGAAGUGAGGUAAAAUCAGACCCGAAUUAAAACCCAUUGUUUUGAACACGGAGAAAUGUUAACCAUUGAAGCAACUCGCUGAUGGAUUCUGUGGUUUUAUAUGACUUGACGUAUUUGAAUCAAGGUUGGCUGGUUUCCUAAUGUGUGCUAUUGCACAGACAGAAUUCAUUGUCUACAUGGAGAAAUUGCUAGGUAGUAUUCUGGGGACUGUGUUCUCAUCAGCCUAAAUGAAUAUAAUGGUUCCUUCUGGCUUUAAAUCUAUGAAUCUGCAAAAUUUGUCCAAUGUCAAUAAUUUGCUCUAAUAUGCAGAACACAGAAGCAGGCCCAAAGACUUAACAUCUUUAAAACCAUUUUUGAAAGAAGUUAAAUGACUGGAUAGGUCCUGCAGACCCACAGAGAAAACUCUUCCAUUUCAACCAUUUUCCCCCGCCCCCCAGCAAAAUGCCUUAUGAUUGCAUAUUGGCAGAUAAAAUCAGACCAGGGGUUACUCACAUAGGCUCAAAGAGCACGCGAGCAAAAUAUUUGCUAGCAUUUGCACUCCGACCUUGAAAGCUGAACAAUUUGCCUGUUGCUCUGCUCGUAGAGAUCCGUAGAAGACUCAUCACAACCUAAUGUCCAUCUAUAUGGAAUUAAACAGGGGCACUCUGUACGAUGCCAAUCGGACCGAGUAAUUUGGGCAGCCUGCCAACCUAAGUAGUACAUAUGCUUUGAAGUCAGAAAUACGUAUGAAUCACUCUCAGGGCAGAAGUGAGUGUCCUGGGUCUGGUGCUGUAUAAGACAGGCUAAUAUUCAGUCCUGAAUUGCUCAUACUUUCUCUUCAGUAAUUUAGCAGAUCCUUUGCAAAAUAGUGUGUGUUUUCUACUAUCAGUUAAAAUAUUGCCAAAUGUGCAUCAGUGCCUGGUAGCUACGGUCCUUUGCUUUCGUAGGAGUUAAAUUAAUGUUGUAACUUUGCCUAAGCAGCUAAACUUUCCCAAAGUUCAGAGGUGCCUGGAUCUGGGGAUUUGAUUGUGCUGUUGUAGAGGGAAGGGGUAACCUCCAAAAACUAGACCGGGAUCCAACUAUUUUAAAGUUCAGAAAAGUUUGGACCGAGGGCUUGGUUCAGAUCCAGCUCGAAUUGUAAGAAACCCCCGGAGAGGAUAAUACAGUUACAGAGAAGAAACCAUACAACAUUAAUAAUAAUGAAAUAGAUGCCGAGCAAGAUCCCUACCUGGCAUAGCUCCAUCGUAACUCCAGCUGAGGAUCAGGCCCUCGAAAUCGAGGGUAGGGAAGAAAUUUUGCACUGUCCUAAAUGAACUUUAAUCCCACCGACUACUUUGGAUUUAUAUCAGUGCAACAGAGAGGGAAAUUUGGCUUCAUAUAGCGGAACGAAUGUAAAUAAGUGCUAAAUAUGGCAUAUUCUUAUACUGGGAUUAUUCUGAGACACAGAGGUUAGCAGCUGAAAGGAAGGCUUGACUCCUUGCCAGUGGAUUUUUUAAAUUUAAAUUUCUAUUUUUUUGUAUUAUGACUUCCCUGUUGAUCCCAGCUCUCUGUGGUUAGAGGCUUGUAAAUAAUGCUAGCUAGGUGACAGGCAUUUCACAAGGCUAAGCUGGGGCAAGUGCUGCAGCAAAGGUCAGCUGGAGACUUCGCAGGUUUGUUUCAAGUUUCAGCGUUAUUAAGAAUAAAAGUUAGGAGAGGCGAUGAAAAGUGAGGAGGCUGUCGUGAACUGCUCUGCAGCAAUUUGUUCUGGAAAUAUCAUGUCAUUUUCUUACAAUGUCACUGAGCCUUUUUUUUUUUUUGGAAGCUGCUGGAUGCUUUUUUUUUGUUGCUGCUUUUUCUCCCAUUUACUUAUUUUUCCAAAUAAAACCCUUUGCAUGACAGAGGUUCAAAGCUGGGCCGUACCAUAUCCAGAGCUGAAUGUCCUUGCCAGCUGGGGGCUGUUAAUGGCCCUUGGCAGACUGGUGGCCUCUAACCAAUUACUAAGUGGCGGAGGGGCUACAUCACAGAAGACAUUAACACGAGUGACAGUAAUUGACAUUCUUGCUGACAGCCUAAGUGCCUUGGAAAGAAAGGGCCCUGGAGACAGAAUUCACCUAUCAGUCCGAAAGCUCCUUCUGAACAAGGUUAGCCACCGCAUUGAUGGGUGCUACUGAGAGAUCUGCGGUAGAUUGACCUACGCUGGCAUGCCGGUGGAUUGACAGCCUGUAGAGCUGCUGCCACCAUUCGGUACUUUGCCUGGUCUGGGCGAUGGAGGGGGGGACCAGCUUGAUACAGGCUCUGGAGUUCUGUCUGGCCUCUUUCAUGAUCACAAAAUUAAGACAAAAAAAGAGGGUCCGGAACAGAGAGAGAGGUCACUAGUGACUGUGAUCUCUGAUGACGUCUCUUGUUUGUUCAUAUUUGAGCCAAUCAUCAAGUUGCAUCUCUGAUUGCCUCUCUGAACAGGCAUGUUUGGUUUUAGACAGGGAGAACUAGAGUUGCACAUCUGUCAGAAAAGCACCUCUUCUGCCCUUUUUAUUGCCUGCAAAAUGUCAGGAGAAUUUCAUCAGAAUAGCAAUCACGGAGAGAGAAGGUGCGGAACAAAGGCACAUUUAUCUUCUAUAGCGUUGCUUUUCAGGAAGAAUCUGAUUCCCCUUCACUUUCCGCAGAGGAACAAGAGCUUUCAGUCUGUUUUGGCCACAAGAAACUUCUUUUUUCCUCCUGUUUCUUAUUGAAGGCUGGGGCUUUAUCUGUCCAUUAAAAUGCAGUCUGCAAAAACGCUCGUGUUCUAAGCGGGGUACAAGAAUAGAGAGUCAGUCUUUGUGAAUACUGGGACAAACAUGGCCUUCAGUUAUAACAGUGUAAAUUCUGCGUGACUCCUUCGAAGUUUAAAGGAGUUACUCUGGAUUUACACCUGUAUAACUGAGACCCCCAAACUGGAGCACCACCUCCUAUUUUGAAUAGAGCAGCUAUUCUGAUUCUCAGCGAGGAUAUCUUUGUUGCAGUGGGGAGGUGUAAGGAGAGUACGGUAUUGUACUUGCACUGAGUGCAAAUCAAGAAAAACUCUGUUGCGGUUAAUCAGUACAAAGCUGGUGUAAGCGAAACCUCUGAGGUUCAGUUCAUCUUUAGCACUACCUGAUAUAGGAUAUGAUUCCUGGGAGGGAUGGAAGAUGGUAAGAUAAAGCAGAGCUGGGAUGGAGUUCUUUGUACAUAUGCUCACUACUACCUUCUAGUGGCAAGGAGCAUUGCUCAGCAUAACUCAGUUGAUGAUAUAAUCCUUUCCUCAGUUUUUCAGCUUGGAGUACGGGGGCUUAUUCUUGAAGCCAGUGCUUGCAAUCUCGGUUCCUUAGGUCAGUCUGCAGACAACAAUUGUCUCUGUGCAGAGUUUUUUGCAACGUCAUUCCAAAAAAGUUGCAAAAUACCAUAGCUAGGAUGAGACCAGGGGACUCUGGAAAAUAAGGGAGAGAAGCCCUAGAGCCCAAGCAAUAUUUCCUGUGCAGUAUCUGACAAUAUUAAUUACAUGUGUGGGCAGCUCCUGUGUUCCCGAGGCCCUCACAACUCUGGAGGGAGUUUUUGGUGCACAUGAAAAACUUGGUCCUACACUCCAUGGGGACAUUCACACAGGCUGAGAGCUAACACGGGGCCGACAUACCACUUCAAUCCUGCUCGAGGCCUGAGGUGAGAAAUAAGGACUUUAUCAGCUUUUGUGCAGCAAGGAUUUCCAUGCAGUAUUGUACAGCUACAGUGAGGAACAACAGGCAUGAAGUGAAGCAGCGGGUUAGGAAGCAUCAGUCCCUCUGGCAGGGAGGCAGCGUCCAUCCCUGUAAUAUCUGAGUGCCUUGCCAUAUUUAAUGAAUUUAUCUUGAUAGCACCUUAUAGAGAAAGGAAGAAAUACAAUGCCUUUUUACAAGUGGGUUAUUGAGGCACUGGAAAAACAAAGAGACUUGUCCAGGGUCACAAGGAAGCCUGUGGCAGAUCAGGGUAUGAACCCAGGUCUCAGACUAGUGCCCUGUCCACUCCUUCUCUCACCUCCCUUAAUUCAAAGCCAGAACAAUAACAUUUUAUGUCAUAACAACAGUUGAAUACAAGGAUAUUUUUUAAUCAGCCACCUCUUGCCAGAGUUAAAUCUUUGGGCACAUCCAAACAGUAUAAAUAGGGUACCAGAGUUUGCACAUGAACAAAUGUGAAUUCAGUAGAUUUAGAGUGAUUUCAAUGGAUAAUUAUAGGUUCUCAAUCUCCAGUAUUUAUAUAACCUUUCCAAUAAAAAACCACAGUUUCCAUGAAGGGAAUAUUCUACAGCAGGAUUUAUUUGACCUUCAGCACCAUUUUUAUCUGCAGGAUAUAAUUACAGCUAAGCUAGAAAUAUUAAGCAUUUGAGAAAAGAACUGUGUAUUUGCAAUUUAUUGGCUCCAUUCUCCUUUGCAUGGGAAUAGCUCACCAAGGGGAGAGGAAACUUGCAAAUUGUUACCAUUUGAGUUGUAGGCCUUGAGGCUCUGCAUCGGGGAAGCACCCACAUUCAGGAAAAAGUUGAAGCAUGUGUCUAAUGCUAAGUGGGUUGGAAGCCAAUGGAUCUUAAGCAGGAGCGUAAAUACAUUGCUGUUUCCCAUCCUAAAAUCUCAGGAGUGCUGUCUCGUACAAAUGUAUGUAUGUGCUAUGGAAUAGCGGGUGGGGAGAGCAGAGAGCAGAAUGGGUUGGUGCCAAAGGUAACUUGCUAAUCAUUAUGACGUCCAAGCCGAUUACUGGCAAAAAGCACUUUUUCCAGAACGUUUACAGCCUUUUUUUUUCUCUCGUAGAUUUUUUUUCUUUAAUUCUCUUAAAGUAACCACAACAAUGUAAUAAAAACUUUUUAUAUAGGACAGACAAGACAAGGGUAGAAGGGAAAAGAGCAGUCACCAGCUUGCUCAAUGACACUGCUGGAGAAUUAUGUUGGGGCUGCUUCUGGUUUUACAGGAGUUUUAUAGUGAUAUCAUUUUAUUGAUUAUCUUGGCUUACAUUGGAACAAACAGGUUUUAGGUUCAAAACAUCCCUCAGCUAUUUCUGUCUGCUAUGCUUCUAAAAGCCAAUCUUCAGUUUAAUAUUAUAGACAGUUCUUUGUAGAUCUAUACCAUAUAGAUUUUAACUACCACCCUGAUCCUGGUAACCCCAAAUCCACAUGUUUCCAUGAUUAAAAUGAAACACCUCUAUCUAUCUAUCUAUCUAUCUAUCUAUCUAUCUAUCUAUCUAUCUAUCUAUCUAUCUAUCUAUCUAUCUAUCUAUCUAUCUAUCUAUCUAUCUAUCUAUCUAUCUAUCUUAGUGGUGUUUUAUUUAAAUCACAGAAACAUGUGGAUUUGGGGUUACCUCUUUUUAACCAAAAAUUGGGAAUUUUUUUAAAUCAGAGAAAACCAGGAUCCCUGAUGCUGAUGUCUCUUGCUCAUACUCCUAAAUACCAUUGGCUAUUUAUACAAUUUCUGUUUUGACUUUUACUUAUCGAAAAAAGGCUAUAGUCUUCCCAUUCAUUGCUUUUGGUCCCAAAUGCUGCAAACGCGUAAGCAUGUGCCAAACGCUCUUUACCUGCAUGGUCCCAUUGAUAGUCUCACGUAUAGUUAACAUGUGCCCAAGUGUUUUCUAGGACUAAGAUCUUGGAGGUGAUCAGAGAUGAGCAUGUUUCAUUACCACUCUAUUAUACCUUUGCAUGGUGUUCAGUGGCACUACAUCUGGACUAAUGCAGUGGUGGGUCAGCUCCAAGCAAUGAUGUGAUGAAUUAGGAUUUACCUCUCCUGCCUAGAAGGAUACUGACUCCAAGAGCAGCAGAAGCAAGUUUUUAAUUUCCCAUAUUUUCUUGUAAUGUUGAAAAGGCAAGGAAUCUGCUUUUCACUUCAUGUUAUUAAUAGUCAUGCACAAAAGACCUAAUACAACUGGACACACAUAUCAUAAACACUAAUAGCAAGGAGAGUAAGGAAGGGUAGGUACCUGCCCUGGCUAAGUCUGGAAAGCUGGUGGCUUCCUGUCAUACUUGUAGCCAGCACUAAAAUAACAGGACCUAUUGUUUUGUUUCCAGAGUGAUAAUGUAGUUGUGUGUGUUGAGAAAAAGGUCUGACAAGGGAGAAGGCAUGGAAAGUCUGAACAUUGUAUGGCAUGACCUUUGUUUUUCAAAUGAUCCUAUUAUCCAGGGUUGUUCCCCACAGCUCCUACUAAUAAUAUUGAAAAUUCCUUUAGCUGCGUAAGGGCCUGAUUGCCCAGCCCACAAAAAGUCAAUGAGAAAACUCCAGCUGACUUGAUCAAGCCCCAAAAAGACAGCUAGAUCAAAUUAGUCAAUAUUCUCAUGGCAUGGUCAUUUUUAAAUCAUCAACAAUGAAAUGACAAUUCAGCACUGUAGCCCAAAUGCACUGCUACCGCAAAUCCAUGUAUCUCCAUUGGCAUCAAUGAGACCACAUUGCUGUAAGGUAGCCAAGGAGCUUGCGAAAUGAUUUAUUUGUAGAGGGACUAGCCGUGCAACAAAAACCCACAAUCUGCAGAAUGUGACAUAGGAUUUCUAGUAGAUUAUAAUGUAAAGUAUGGAAAAGGAUGUGGAGAAGAAGGGAAAAACAAAUGGCGAGUUACUGACAGUGCAGAGCCACUGAAAGGUAACAGGGAGGAUUUCUCUGGCUUCCUUUUCUUCAGAUAAAUCACUGGUAGACAACCAGGCAGCCUGGCUGUGUGUUACUCUAUACCGUCAUGAGAGUGGGUUUAUGUCUUCUAUGACAAUCUGUAUUCAGUCUUCAAUACCUAUUUAUAAUAUUGUGCCUUACCAAAUACUUUGGCAGCAAUAGCAAUGUUGUAUGUAUGCCAUCCUGCCUUUUCUGUAAGGGUUUUGGACUUUAAAAAGGCCCUAGCCUUAUACCCAUCUCUGAGUGUAUAUUUGCAGCCUUAUAAAGACUAUUCCUAGGUACUGAGGCUAAUUUUCCCCUUGCUGACACUGACUCUAGUUUUACAGUACUGUAACUUUAUUUUCUUGGAGCUAGGCCGGACUUUCAUUGAUGCAAAGGAGAUCUCAUUCAGGCUUGCUGUAUGUAAUUAUACUUAUGUGAGGACCAGAUAGAACAGCUUAGAAAUAGUGUCACACAUCUAGAUAUUUUUAAUAGAUUGUUUUUGAAUCUUUUAAACCAAGCCUUAAUCUCAUCUUGGUAACACCUUUAAUGAAUGGCAGGUUACAGUCAGCAUCUUGAAUUUGUUCCUUGCCUUUCACCAUCACCUCUUCCUAGGCAUUUUUGUAUUUUGGCAGGCCAGGUUUCCAAGAUGGGGAGCACAGACUUAAUAUUCAACACAUGCUGAAAUGCUUUGCUGAGUCAGGCAAAGAGCUUGCUUCUGAUCUUACGCCACUUUAUUCUGGAGCAACGUCAGUCCCUUCAGUAGCAAAGCCUCUGAUUUACACCCAUGUAAGAAUGAUAAGGAUCAGAGUAUGGGUGAAAAUUACUCAAUAUGAUGGCAAAGCCACGUCGAGGUUUUAAGUCCAACAUUUUCAAGACGACAUGUAUGGCCAGUUUGAUCCCAUACUAGUCCCAACUGAACUGGAUUGAUUUCACUAGAACCAAAUUUGUUAUUUCUGUGCAGGUUUGUGGGUGGAAAGUUUUAUUUUGGAAAGUCGAUUUCCAUGGGUGAUUCAGUCAACUGCAGCGGACUUAACAUGAAGACAUUGAUCUGAAAUAUGGUGUCAUUUGCACAUUGGCACAUAUACAAUGAGAUUUGGUUAUAAUUCACACCGUUUUGGUAUUUUACUGCAAGUCAAGUAGUACCACUUGGACUUUUAAAUGGCACCUAGUGCGAUUGAUGUGAUUUUUAGAAGUGUUGAGCAUCCAGAAGUCCUAUUCCCUUUGGUCAAAGCUGUGAAGGCUUAGUGCCUUUGCGAAUCAGUCCCUUUUGCUUAGAUGGCUAACUAGAGAUUCAAGACACAGAUGCUGACAUUUUGAAAUUCCAUGGGGGUUAUUUGCUAAUAAGAACUUGAUGCAUCUUUUUGCAGAACACACUGGUUUCUCUGGUUCGUAUUUCUAAUGGUCCUAAUACAAUUUGUUCAUCCAGCCUGCUACAUUACUGAACCUGCUGUUCUUAUGCUUGCCUCCUUCUAAGACUGAACAACUCUAUUUGGAGCUCCUUCAGCAAUAUGAGGAUCUCUGCUGAUCAGCCAUGGUUUUAUUUAUAUGUUUUAGAAAGGAAAAGACCAAAAAAAAAAUCAACAAAGGGUUCAUUGUUCCAGUUUAACCCAUAUAAUCCAUUUCUUAAAACAAUAACUUACCUCCUGUCUUUGUCUGUACCUCUAAACUAUACAUUUAUUUUGUUCAGCUUGUCCAGGUCUGACUGUGUGAAAUGUUUCUAAAGAAGACAGCUCUGUAAGUGAUGGUGUAAAUGCAUUGUGUGUAUGUAUUCUAAAGUUUAAAUAGAUUGUACAUAUGGAAUUGUAAAUGAACUGUACACAGCAAUCUAUAUUUUCUUGAAUAUAUUAUAUAGCAGUAUAUAUUUGUUAAAUAAGCAUUCCUGUAUACUCUCCAUUAACCUUUUUAAUAUUUUGUACAGAUAAGUUUAUUAAAUAUUUUAUUGAUA